UUCAAAAAAGACUUAUUUUUGAAGCUCUAGGCUUCCAGCUCCAUCAAUAAUUGAGGAGGGUUUUCUCCCAUAGUUUUAUGGCCAUUGCAUCAGCCAUGAACAACAUCAAUCAAGAUGACGUCACCUCCAACAAGCAAGACGACGAUGAUCAUGACUACGAUGUGGUCAUGCCGGGGUUUCGCUUCCACCCAACAGAGGAGGAGCUCGUCGAGUUCUACCUCCGCCGUAAGGUGGAGGGCAAACGCUUCAAUGUCGAGCUCAUCACUUUCUUAGACCUUUAUCGCUACGACCCUUGGGAAUUGCCCGGUCUGGCUGCGAUAGGGGAGAAGGAGUGGUACUUCUAUGUACCUAGAGAUAGGAAGUAUAGGAACGGAGAUAGGCCGAACCGUGUGACGACCUCCGGCUACUGGAAGGCCACCGGUGCGGAUAGAAUGAUUAGAAGUGAGAAUUUCCGAUCCAUCGGCCUCAAGAAAACCCUUGUUUUCUACUCCGGUAAGGCUCCCAAGGGAAUUAGAACAAGUUGGAUCAUGAAUGAGUACCGCUUGCCUCUCCAUGAAACAGAACGCCUCCAAAAGGCCGAAAUCUCUCUUUGCCGUGUCUACAAAAGAGCUGGAGUCGAAGACCACCCGUCCCUCCCCCGCUCCCUCCCGGCCACCAGGCCACCGUCGUCAUCGACAAGAAAUCACCACGAACCCGCCCCCACAACACAAAGAUUCCAGCCCAAUUACGUCGGAUCAUCGCAGCAAAACGACACAAAACUGACUGAAACCAGCCCAAGCAGCAGCACUGACAACAUGAAUUCUUACACAUUACUCCCCAACAUCCCGUCCACAACUCCAUCAGUAGUAGAAAACAAUCAGACCAUGAUUUUGCUCCAAUCCAAACAGCCUAACUCAUGUCCCUCUUCCUUCACUAGUUCUUCCCACGCCGUCGAUGAUCUCCAAAAGCUGGUGAACUUCCAACGACAAUCUUUAUUGAUCAACAGCGAAAGUGCUGAUCCUCAUCAUGAUCAUUACAAUCCUAACAACAACAUCGUCCCGAAUCUUCUUUCCAACUUCUCCACUUUGCAGCCUCAUCAGCCGCAGUCGGCAGCUGUAAACGUCGUCCCCGGCUCAUUUCAGGCCGCCUUCUCCGACAGAUUGUGGGAUUGGAAUGCAGUUCCGGAGGCGGGGAAAGACUACGCCGGCCUUUUCAAGUAACUGAUCGAUGAUCGUGUACUGGAUUUAUUAACACAUGCAUAUGUUAUGUAGAUGCGACGUAGUUAAUUGAUCAUAUAUAUACAUAGCCUAAGCUAGUAAUAAUGGUAAGUAAGUUAUAUGUUAAGUUGAUCUAUUUUUCUUGAUAUUGCCAAACAUGGUCUUAAAGACACAUUCUGGAGUAAUAUAAUUUUGGAUUCCUUGUUAGGGUUUA